GACGCGAGGAGAUGAUUUGAGAUUCGUUCCAAGGAAAAGCGAAUGAUAUUUUCCCAAAACAAAAUAUUUAUAUUUACAUUAUUUUAAAUGUAGUUGUCAAGUUGUCAUUUACAAAGCUAUAGUAAAAUGUUGUUGACAUAUAGGCUAGGACUGGAGUAGGCUAGACACUUCAAACGCUCGCUCACAGAGACCUUGUUGUUCCAGUGGUCAGUAGAAAGUGAAAGCAAAAGUAUCCAUGUAUUACUGUAAGGGUGUAACGUUAACCUGCUGCACGAAAACAAUCAAUGAAAUGUAUUUAUAAAGCCCCUUUUACAUCAGCCAGCAAAGACGAUGGAUAAGCACAAUUGAGAUACUGCUGUAACUCUAUCUAUUGGCCAUGGCUUGUUUAGAAACAUAUGGGCUGGUCCUUCUCUAUGACCUAGUGCUGUGGGGGGCACUGUGGACUGGGUUAGUUCUACUUGAGUUCUCCAGUAGUGGAGGACUGGUGGGGUUAUGGGCCUUUGGAGCCCUAAGGUGGGCAUUGCACCACUCAAUCACCCUGGUGCUUUCUGAUAGAAAGCCACAGCCAGUGCUGAGGAGAUGGGUGGCAGUGCUCUGCCUCUUGCCUCCUGUGUUUGAAAGUGGACGUAUGGUCAUGGUGCCGGCAUCGACCGCCGACGACCUGGGUCUGGUGCCUGUCCCAAGCAUGGUGGUCUUGGCCCUGGUAUCCUCCACUGUGGCCUGCCUGGCAUGUGAGCUAGGCUUCCCUGAUGAUGGAGGGAACCAAGGGAAGGAAAAGAAGAAGAAACAGGAGGCCAUGGCACAGUUGAUGAGGGUGGUGCGAUACUGCAAACCAGACGCCCUCUACCUGGCUGCAGCCUUCCUCUUCCUCAGCCUGGCUGUCAUCUGUGAGACAUUUAUCCCUUACUACCAGGGGAAGGUCAUUGAUAUGCUGAGUGGUCAGUACCAGCACAACAGCUUCAUGUACGCCAUUGGAGGCAUGGGACUCGUCUCACUAGGAAGUGCUCUGUGCUCAGGCCUGCGAGGGGGCUUGUUCAUGUGUAGCCUGUCCAGACUCAACAAGAGGAUGAGACACAUGCUGUUCCACAACCUGGUACAACAGGACAUACCCUUCUUUGAGGAGAACAAACCAGGAAGCCUUGUCUCACGCCUCGGCUAUGAUGUGGACAAGAUGGGACGCUCUGUGGCUAUGAACAGUAACGUGCUGGUGCGCAGCCUGGUGAAGACGGCUGGUAUGCUGGUCCUGAUGCUGGGCCUGUCCUGGCAGCUCACCCUGCUCACCAUGGUGGAGAUGCCCCUCCUCACCCUGCUGCAGACCAAAUAUAACACAUACAACCAGGAGUUCAUUAAGCAGCUGCAGGACUGCCAGGCCCAGAUCAAGGAGCUGGCAUCCCAGGCCAUUGGGGCGGUGAGAACGGUUCGCAGCUUCAGAGCUGAGGAGAAGGAGCUAGAUAGGUACAACCAAGCACUGGAGAGGAUGUACAAGGUCCAGGAGCACAAAGGCAUCAUCAGUGCCAUCUACCUUUUACUGAGAAGGAUGGUGACAGUGGGCCUAAAGGUGGCCAUGCUGUUCCUGUGUCGGAGGCUCAUCUUGGCUGGCCAGCUGAGCAUUGGCAGUGUGCUGGCUUUCGUCCUCUUCCAGAAAGACAUGGUGACCAAUAUGAAGCACCUUGUGUAUGUCUUUGGAGACAUGCUGAGCACUGUCGGGGCGGCAGCCAAGGUGUUCACGUUUCUGGACAGAAAGCCAGUUCAGAAAGAAGCAGGAGAGCUGGCUCCUGCAAUGCUUCAGGGGAAACUUGCUUUCCACCAUGUCAGCUUCUACUAUCCCUCACGCCCAAAUACACCCGCACUGAAGGCUGUGAGUUUGGAACUGCAUCCGGGGAAGAUGACAGCGCUGGUGGGGCCCUCUGGUGGCGGGAAGAGCUCCUGCGUCAGCCUGCUGGCGAGGUUGUAUGAGCCCAAGGAGGGACAGGUGCUGCUGGAUGGACAGCCCCUGCACUGCUACCAGCACCAGUACCUACAUCAGAAGAUGGCCCUGGUGUCCCAGGAGCCAGUGCUCUUCUCUGGAUCUAUCAGACACAACAUAGAGUACGGCCUCGUGGGAUGCACCCUGGAGAAGGUGAAAGAGGCCGCGAAGAGCGCUAAUGUCCACGACUUUAUUUGUACGCUGGAACAGGGCUACGACACAGAUGUAGGUGAGUGUGGAGGGCAGCUGUCUUCUGGACAGAAGCAGUGCAUCGCCAUCGCCAGAGCUCUGGUUCGAGAGCCACAGGUCCUAAUUCUGGACGAGGCAACCAGCGGCAUGGACAUCAACACACAGCAUGUGGUGCAGGGCGUCCUGGCAGGCUCAGUGGGCCAGACAGUGUUGGUGGUGGCCCACCGGCUGCGGACUGUGGAGAAGGCUGACCAGAUCAUCUUCAUGGAGGGCGGGGAGGUGGUUGAGCAGGGCACACACCAGGAGCUCAUGGCUAGCAAGGGUCGCUACCGUCGACUCAAAGAGGAACUCUUUGAGGACUGAUUAGGAAUCACACAGCUGUCAGAGAGAGACCCACGCAGAAUACUUCCAUUUAUGAAAAGUGAAAAUGUUGAUUGAACUGCACACUCUAUCAUGAGGCAUGUUUCCAUUGAUCCAGGUUUAUUCGACAAAAGCAAUGCCGCAAAGAAAAAAAUCUUUGUUGGUGUGACGUCAUUACGUCCAGCUUUUUUUAAUCGACACAACUACAUGUUUGUUCAAAAACGACCAACUAAGUAUAUCCAAAAUGUUUAUCGAUUUUUAAAAAAAGAAUACAGUUGUCGUCGGGUUCUGAGUAAAGGGAUUACCCUAAAUCGGUACCCUACUCGGGGGCGUGGGCACGUUAAGCCACGCCUCGCCGUGCGUAUCUAUAGCUAAAUGGAAACGUGCCCUAAGCAGGCAAUUGUCACAUCUAUUCUCUAUUCAUACUUUCUAAAUGUCGACAAAAAAAAUCACUGGGCAAGUUAAUAGGAACAUAGCUAAUGAUACUCAAUGAUCAGACCUGAAUAUGACGCAUGUUAAUAGUUUUUACUGCGAGAAAUCUGCAUAAAUCUAUUUUUCCUUGAUUUGAUUCACAAUCAAAUAGAAAUGUGAUGUUUUUUACAGUGGCACUGAAAUGUUAAAAUUAAAGAACAAGUUUGUGAACACUCAAAAUUUGUUUAAAAAAAAAAAGUAUAUAUGUAACAAACAUCUUUGAAAAUGAGUGCAAAGGUGGUCCGUGUUCGGUUCAUUCAAUCAAUAUCUGAACAUAAACAACUAACAAGGAUAACCAUUUCGAUUGCAUAAAUUAAUUUUUCUUAUGUCAUCCAUAAUAUUGAAAUAAUGCACAGCGAUAGAGGAACUGCAACUGGAUAUGUGUGCUAGCUGUUUUCAGAGUAAAGGUACAGUAUGUGACUAUCUGAUGUUACCUGGCCAUCGCUCCAGCUAGCUAGCUUUUGCCAAGUUAGUUAUAAAUAAGGGCCACUGGCAAGUAAUGUAAGUUAGGUGCCUUCAAUGCUUGUUAGCUUUACUGGCAGACAAGAGAAGGAGCUUAUAUUAAAAGGCUAAAUCUAGCUAGCAACAGUGGCGACCCAUCAUUCACCCAUCAUUCACAUAUAUAGAUUAUUUAGAAUUUUCUGGGGCCUGCCUGUUUUGCAUGUUAUUUUGGCAUUAAUACGUGUCACAUAUCAGUUUGCAAACAAUGUAAAAAAAAAAUAUAUAUAUAUCAUUGAGUUAAUAAAGCUGCAUACAAACAUG